AUGCCCAGCUUGCUGGCUGGCCGCCGGGCCCGGCCGGGCCCGGCCCUAGUGGGCCUCUUCGGACUGCUGGUCCUGGCCCUGGCCAACCUGGCGGCCUGUCUCCAGGCCAACGUCCAGGAAGGCGUGCCGCACUUUGCUCCACAAGAAACACCUGUGCCAUCCGGCCAGGCCAAUGUCCGCCCAUUGAAAGGCCCGACCGACAGCGGGUCCACCAUGGUGGCCCUCCCCACCGAGGAGGAAUUCCUCCAGUUCCUGCCGACCAUAGAUGUCUCCUUCGGGGACCUGCGCGCCGGGUCAUUCCUGCAGCUGGGCACCACGGCCAGCCUCCCGUUGGCCGGGCAGCCCAGCGUUUCGGGUCACCUUUUCCCCGGCCUGGAUGACACCCCGAUAUUGGUGGCCUUCUCGCCCGGCCUCCUGUCCUUCCGGGCGCUCACCGCCGGCGGGGCUCUCUCAUUCACCUGUGCCUCCCCGUGCCACUUCCUGGCGGGCUCGAUCGACGCCGCUGGUCAAAUCUGCGUGAUGGUCCACGAUGGCACAGAUGCCCUGAUGCAUGUCUCCGACGGCAGUGGCACCCCCCAUCCCGUCCCCUUCAACAGCCCUGCCGGCGCUUCCCGUCGGGCAACGCCGACCCUGGAUGGGUUUCUGGUCUGGGACGGCGGAGUUCACUAUAUGGCCAUCACCCACGAUGGUGUCCUCUCCCAGCGGGACCGCAUCCAGCCCAUCAUCCAGAUUGUCGUCACUCGGCUGGCGGGCCAGCAAGCCGACACGGCGACCGACAUUUUUCUCCUGCAAGACGGCAGCAUUUACUCCGCCCUGGGUGAGGAUGUUCCCCUGCCUGACGGCUUCAAGCCGACCUUCCUUCAUGCGCCCAACAUCCUGGAGCUGGCUCCCCACCAGACGGUCCCCUGGAUCCUGGCGGGAAACGCGCAAAAGCUCUUCCGUGUCGACAUCCACACCCACAACUGGUGGCCGGUCAUCCUGCCGGAUGACGUGCCCCACUCGGCUCUGGCCGAUGCUGCCAUGUUCCUCCUGCCACGGAGCUCGUCAUCCCCCACGUCUCGCUGGGUCCUGGCCAUUGGCAAUCGCCUUUUCUUCGAUCCCCUGCAGUUCCGAUGCGACGCCGACAGCACCAUCAACUGCUUGAACUUCGACACUCAUGCCUCCUGGGAGUGUGCCCCCAAGCGCGAAUACUCGCCACUCCGUCUGGAUGGGCACCUGUGCGCUGGCUGCGCGCCGGGCAACUUCCUGUCGCCCUUCUCCGAGUCCAGUGCGUACCGCCACCCGGCGUCGUGGUGUGCCCUGGCGGAUCUUCGCCUGGCCCAGCCACGGCAGGCCCCCGGGUCCCAGACACAUUGCAGCGUCUGCAACGCCGCGCGCUGCCUCGUCUGCACUUCGGGAUACAUGCUCAGCUUCCUCAACCCCGACGCGCCCACCUGCGAGGCCCGGUGCCCCAACGGGCUGAAGCUCACCGGCCUCGGCAUCUGCCUGCCGGAUGAUGGGGUCGCGCCUGCGGCCCCGACCCUCGGCACCCACCCGGUGGACAACCCCGCCGAGGUGGAAUUCACCGCCAUCAUUCGCACGGCAUUGAUCUUCCUCGGCGCCGGAGCAUUCCUGCCACUCACCGAAGCGGUCGGCAACGCCAACACCCCCUCCUUUUGGCUGCUGUCGCCCAAUGCCCGCCCGGCCGUCGGCCAUGGCAGCCCCUCCUUCCAAGUUUGGCCCAUGAAUAUCAAUGACCCGCUGUUGGACCUGGUCGGCAUUGUCUCCCUCACCGAGGUGGGCCCCCUGCCGGAUGCCGAGUUCGGGGCGCGCCUCCAUCUGGCCUUCUGUGAUGGGGGCCAAACAUUCCGCAUCCAAACCGUCACAUGUGCCACCGCCCCAUCCCCCGGGCAGGAGUCAUGCGGCUCUCUGCACAUCUCAUCGCCCGUGGACUAUGACAUCCCGUGCGCCACCGUCCGCCGGAUUGCCCCGCGCAUGGUCUCGGUCCUGGGCAACGGCAACCGGCUCUUCCUGGUGGACUUCCCGACCACCGGCUCGCCCAUCCUCAUGGACACCCUCCUCGAGACCGACCGCCACCCGGCGUCCUUCCCGUCGGCCGGCGGCGAUCCGCUCCGGUCGUGGAUCCUCGCCGCCAGCUCGGCAAAUAGCUUCCUCUGGCCCCUGCACAUGGUCCGGGUGGGCGAUGGGCGCCUUGCCCGGGAUUCGGCCGCCCCCCGGGCCAUUGGCCACACCUCGGGCGACCUCUUCCCCCUUGUCCUGCCCACCGGCCGCGGCGCGGAUCUGGCGCUCCUGGCCGGUGUCUCGGCCACCGGGGUCUGGUCCUUGCACAUGGUCCCGCGGGAUGUACGGCCCCAUGGCCGGACGCUUGGCCUCCUGCCCCGGUCGAUGAGCUUCGACCUUGGCACGUCCGACACCAGCCCCUUCAGCCAGCACCCGGUGGCGAUCGCCGGCCUUCCGGAAUACCCCGGGCUCGUGGUUCUCUUCCUGCCGACCCGGGUGGCCGUGAUGCUGCUCCAUUGCCCGGGCACCAGCCCCGAGUCCUGCAUCUUCCUCGAGCCCCAUGUCCAAAGCACCGAGCAGCUGCAGCCCGUCACCCCCGGGGCCGCGUCCGUGGCCCUGCUGAGCCUGGCUCCCCCCCCGAUGCAGGCGGCCACCCUGCCCACGGUCACCCUCCUGCUGACCGCCGGCCGCCAAACGCCCUCCCUGUGGGAGAUGGUCCUCCCCCUGCCGGAGCCCAGCCCCACCGGCUGCCCGGAUCGCCAGUACCUCGACAGCAGCACCACCACCCCGGGCCAGUGCCGGCCCUGUGACGAUCUGUGUCACACCUGCACCGGGCCCGGGCCGGACGCCUGCACCGCCUGUCGCCUGUACCCCCACCAGGCGUCCACGCACUGUGUCGCCAUGUGUCCCCAGGGGAUGACCACCCCGGGCCCGGGGCCCCAGCCCCAGGUGUGCGCCUGCCCGAGCGCCUGCCAAGCGUGCGUCUUCCUGUCGAACAGCUCGUUCGAGUGCAGCUGCAAGCCGGGCCAUGUCCGAGCCGCCGGCACGCCCCUGUACCAGCCCUGCCAGCAGUGUGCGUCCCAAUGUGCCGAGUGCUCCAUCCCGGGGAAUGAGCAUUCCUGCACCGCCUGCCCCCCGGGCCGGUUCCUCCUCGGGGGUAUCUGCCGGGAGGCCUGCCCGGACGGGCACUACCCCAGCGGCGGGGCGUGCCUCCAGUGCGCGGACCCCUGCCUGGAGUGCGGCGCCGCCGACGCGUGUGUCCGCUGCUCGGCCGGGCACUUCCUGCAUGAUGGCCGGUGCCACCGGUGCCAUGCCUCUUGCGCCUCCUGCCGGGAUUCCCUCUCCUGCACGACUUGCCGGUCGGGGCUCCUGCUGCCGGUGGCCGGCCCGGAUGACGGCCCGUGUGUGGAUGCCUGCCCGGCCGGCGAGACGCCCAACCCCUCGGGCAGCCGGUGCCUCGCUUGCGGGCCCUCCUGCGCCCUGUGCUCCGGCGGCCCGGACACCUGCCUCCUGUGCGCCGCCGGGCAUGCGUGGGACCCGGCCGCCGGCGGCGGCCCGGCCGGCCAGCGCCUGGGCCCGUGCCUGGCCUGCCCGGCCGGCUGCGCAUCCUGCAUGCUGGCCGCCGGCCAGCCGGGGCAGUGUCUCUCCUGCCAGGCCGGGCUGGUGCUGGCCCCGGGCGGGGGCGCCUGCUCCGGCUCCUGCCCGCCCGGGUGGUUCCCCGACGAGGCAGCCCCCCCCGGCGGCCCGGCCGAGGGGGGCCACUGCCAGCCGUGCGCCAUCGGCUGCACCCAGUGCACCGGGCCCGGGGAUGCCCAGUGCACGGCAUGCGCCCCGGGGCUGGAGCUCCUGGCCCUGGAGCCCGGCGGCCCGGCCACCUGCCAGUCCGGCUGCCCGGCCGGCUUCUUCCGCGACCUGGCCUCGGACCAGUGCCAGCCCUGCGACGGGGCCUGCUCCGCGUGCAACGGCCCCACCGAUCGCGAUUGCUGGCUCUGCGCGGCCGGGGCCCUGGUCCAGGAUGGCGAGUGUGUCCAGCGCUGCGCCGCCGGGCAUGUGGCCCUCGGGGGCCGGUGCCUGCCCUGCCAUGCCUCGUGCGGCGAGUGCACCGGCACCCGGGGCACCGAGUGCACGGCCUGCAGGCCGGGGCUGCUGGCCCUGCCGGCGCCCGGCGGGCCCCCCGCCCCGGGGCACCGGUGUGUGGCCGACUGCCCGGCCGGGCAUGCGGCCACGCCGGACGGCCUGGCCUGCGCCCCGUGCGCGGCCCAGUGCGUCCGGUGCCCGGCGCCGGUGGACCAAGCCCCCGGCGGUGGCGGCUCGGCCCCGGCCGACGCCGGGCCCUGCAUCCAGUGCGAGCGUGGCUGGCUGCUGGUGGCGGAGGCCUCCUCCGCCGGCGGGCCCGCCUGCCGGAGGGACUGCCCCGCGGGCCAGGCCUCCACCGGGUCGGCCUGCGUCGAUUGCCAUGCCACCUGCACGGCCUGCGAUGGCCCGGCCGCCGACCGGUGCCUCGCCUGCCGGCCCGGGCAGGUCCUCCACGCCGGCCGGUGCCGGGAUGCCUGCCCGGCCGGGGCCUACCCCGACGCCGAGGCCGGCGCCGGCGCCGGCGACGCAUGCGCUCCCUGCCAUGUGGAGUGCGCCCAAUGCCAUGGGCCCCAUGCGGACCAGUGUCUUGCCUGUCCGCCCGGCCGGUCCCUCUUCCAGGGGGCCUGUGUGGCAUCCUGCCCGGAUGGGGCCCAUCCGGCUGCCGGGCCCUCCGGCAAGCCGGAAUGCGCGGCCUGCCACCCGGCCUGCGCCACCUGCCACGGCCCGGGCCCGGAGCAGUGCGCCUCCUGCCCGAGCCCGGGGCUCCUGCUGCCGGCCGGGCAAACCUGCGUCGAUGCCUGCCCCCCGGCCGGGAGCUUCCCCUGUGCCGAUGGCCGGCGGUGUGGCACCUGCCAGCCGGAGUGCCGGCAGUGCCAGGCCGCGCCCGAGGGCCAGCCCAUCCCCCCGGGGGGGGCCUUCUGCCCCAGCACCUGCACUCGCUGCCAGGCGGACUGGGUCCUGGCCACCGAUGGCCGGUGCAUGGCCCACUGCCCGGCCGGGGAGUUCCUGCGGCCGGGGCCCGGCCUGGCGGACGACCUGGCCGCCGGGCUGGCCACCUGCGCCCCCUGCCAUGGCGACUGCCUGACAUGCGCCCAGCAGGCCGAUUGGUGCACCUCCUGCCGGGGGCCCGACCAGUGGCUGCUGCCGGAGCUCGGCGCCUGCCGGGCGGAUGGCUGCCCGGCGGCCGGCAUGGCCCCGUGGGAGUUCGACCCGGCCGACGCCGGUGGCCCCUGGCCCGGGCCGACGCGCGUGUGCCUGUCCUGUGCCCCGGGCUGCGGGCUGUGCGCCGGGCUGGCGGCCGGGGCCCCCUCCCCCCGGGCCGGGCUGUGCCACUUCGCCCUGCCGACCGGCAGCCUGACCUGCGCCCGGGCGCCCGGCUGCCAGAGCUGCCACGGCGGCUGGUUCCUCGGGCCGGACCCGGCGCUGCCCUGCGUCGAGGCGUGUCCUGGCGGCUACUUCGCCGAGGGGGGCGCCUGCGCCGCGUGCGCGCCGGGCUGCGCCAGCUGCCACGGCCCGGCCCCGGCGGCCUGCCUCGACGCCCCGAAGGCCAGGUCAUCUCGCCUGGCCCUGGCCCUGGGGCUGGGCAUCGGCGGGCUGGUGCUGCUGCUGCUGCUGCUGCUGCUGGUGCUGGUGCUGGUGCGCCGGUAUCGCCGGUCGGCGGGUGCGGCGGCCCGGCGCAAGGCCCUGGGCCCCGACGCCGGCCCCGGCCUGGACGCCGAUGCCACCGUGCUCAAUACCCUGGUCGAGCUGUCGCUCCCGGGCAGCAUGAUGGUCCACCUGGAGGGGGACUUUGCCCCGGUCGAUGGGGCCCCCCUCGGGGCCGGCACGCAGGCCACGGUCUUCGCCGCCCGGGCCGUGGGGGCCGGCAUCUCCGACCGACUCGGCUGCCCGGCCACCGUGGCCAUCAAGCAGCUGCGGGCCGCGGGCGCCGGGGGCUCGGCCCCGGGCCGCACCUCGCUGGCCCUCUUCCAGAAUGAGAUCUCCCUCAUGUGGCUGCUCCGUGACUGUGCGCAUGUCGUCCGGCUGUAUGGGUACAGCGAGCAGCCGCCGGCCAUCGUGAUGCAGCGCUUCCAGACGGACCUGGCGGUGCUCCUGCACUCGGAGGUCCCCCUGGGCCCGGCGGACCUCCUGGGCAUCUGCCAGCAUUGGGCCUGUGACUUCGAGCGCAUCCUCGAGACCACCCUGUCCGGCGGCCGGCCGGACCUGGCCCAGAUCAGCCUGCCCCCGGCCGCGGCCGGGUGCCUGCUGGACAUGCUGCCGAUGGCCUGGGACGCGGACCCGCAUGCGCGCCCGGUGGCCGCGGCCUUCCGGCAAAAGUGCUCCAUGGCCUUUGUCUCGUGCUGA